AGGGUAAGGGAUUGGUGAGCUGGAGGCACUGGUAUGUUUUGUGUUGGAUUGAACCAGCUGCCCAUGACUGUCACGCCUAAAAAGAAGGAUCCUUCACUACAGCCACACUGUCACUGAUGUCAUAUCUAAUAAUACACCGUUAUAACAGAGGAGGAGGAGAGAGAACAUGUGAGAAGAUAACAGAGAGAGGUAUAUAAAGGACAGACAGACAGAAGUCAGCCAGGAAAAACAGCUACAUUCUGGUCAGGACUGUACAGCUGCACAACAUGUCUCAGACAGGAGAAGUAAAAAAGAAGAAACGUCCACCCAUAAAGGAGGAGGACCUGAAAGGAGCCCGCAGUAAACUGGGGCUAAAGGGAGAAGUCAAGAGUAAAACAUAUGAAGUCAUGGUAGAGUGUGAGCGCAUGGGCAAGACAGCUCCGUCCGUGUUUAGUGGGCUGCGUACCGGAUCGGAGACGGUACUGGAGAAACCCAGAGCUCCAGCUGGAAGUGUGUUUGGCAAGUAAACAUCUGAGCAAAAUGUUGAAAGGCAAAGGAGGAAUUGAAGAAAAUGAUGGAUGGCUUCACUUUGUGUGCCAGUAGUUUAAAAAACCCUGUCUUAUUUUUUGUUUCAUCCACUUGCACUGUCAUUAAACUGCAAAAUGGGUCUUAUUUUGAAAUGGUUUGUAUAUAUAUUUUUAAAGAAAGUUUAUACUCGACUGUUUUAAAUUUGUGUUACACUUUAUACAAUAAAAAGUAUUAAAAAACAAAA